AGCCCAAAGCAGAAAAGAAGGCCUCUACUCUCCUCUCCUGUUCAGAAAUCAUAAAAACACACACAAAAUCGAUCGAGUGGAAUCAUCAGCGCCACCACUCCCUUCUUCAAUCCUCUUUUCCAUUUGAUUCGACCGCACUUUUUAGUUUCAGAAAUGGCUCUAUGUAGAAAUGCUAAGGGUCCUCUUUCAAGAAUGCUAACUACCAGGCCGGGUGUUAGCUAUGGACAAAGAUAUUCUACAGCAGCCACUGCCACUCCCAUUUAUCAGUCUGCAGAUGACAAAACUGCAUUUAGAUAUGCAUUUGGAGUGCUUUCACGGCGAUUUUGCUCUCAAACGCCUCCUGCUGCAGCAGUCCAAAUGAGUCUCAUUAAGCAAUUGAGAGAACGGACUAGCGCUCCUAUCAAAGAUGUCAAGGCUUCUCUUGUCCAAUGCAAUUGGGAUAUUGAGGCGGCACAGACGGAUUUGAGGAAAAGAGGGAAAGUUUUGGCAAUGAAAAAGGCGGGUAGAGUUGCCACUGAAGGAUUGCUUGCAUUGGCUCAGAAUGAGGGGAAGGCUGCUGUUAUUGAACUUAAUUGUGAAACUGACUUUGUUGCCAGAAAUGAAAUUUUCCAAUACUUGGCUUUAACUUUAGCAAAGCAGGCUUUGUUGGUUGAAAAUGCUUCUCAGCUGGUCUCUGGGGUCCAUCCUGUAGGUCUCGAGUCUCUGGAGGAGUUGAAGUUAAAUCUUGAACAUCCAAAAAUAAGUGGAGAUACAACUGUUCAAAAUGCAAUUACAGAAGUGGCUGCAAUGAUGGGUGAGAAUGUAAGACUCAGAAGGGGCUUUGUGAUGUCUGCACCUUCACCCGGUAUUCUUUCCACUUACCUUCAUACUAGUCCUCAACCAGGUUUGGGCCGUAUUGUGGGACUUUUAUCUCUUGAGAUAGAAGAUGGGAAUUCUCCGUUGGAGGCUCUCCAGCGUGUUGGAUCAGAAUUGGCUGUGCAUCUGGUAGCAGCAAAACCAUUAUUCUUGACGAAGGAAGGUGUUUCCUCUGAUGCAUUAGAGAGUGAACGUGAAAUUCUUAAGUCUCAGGCAGAAAGUACAGGGAAGUCUCAAAUGGCCAUAGAGAAAAUGGUGGAAGGCCGUUUGCGUAAAUACUACGAGGAAGUUGUUUUGAUGGAGCAAAAAUUUGUUAUGAAUGAUACAAUGAACGUAAAGACACUGCUCAGCAAUCUAUCCAAGGAAGUGGGCUCACCUGUGAAGAUAGGUAACUUUUUCAGAAUGGAAGUUGGAGAGGGAAUUCAAAGGGAGGAGGCGUUGAGUGCAGAUGAACCAGCGGCUCAGGCAGCUUGAUUUUAGGAGAUGCUCUUCCUUGAUCUGUGUAGCUCAUGAAGAUAGGCGAUAACAAGUUAAAAGAUGUGAUUCUGAAGUUGAGGGCCAUCGUGCUUUUGUAACAAUUUAAUGGCCAGUGUGUUCUGCUAGCAGAUGCUAUUUUUAAUGCAAUGCCGAGAUGAAUUUGUAACGAUAAUUUUGUUAUUGGCCACGAGUAUGAAAUGCUGCUUCCUUUCUCAUA